CUCCCCCGCCCCCCUCCGGGCUGGACCGCGGAUGGUACGUUCCGCACGUGAGCUGGGUGCUGGUCUGGCCGGCGACGCGCGUGCCCUGUGGCCAAACACUGCCUGGAGUGAGAGCAAACUACCAGCGCAGUGGAGCCGGCGCGAGUGUGCGUGUGUGUGCGUGUGUGUGUGCGAGCGCGGUGGAGGGGGGGGGACCAACUGCUUCACACUUUCAACACUGCACUGAAGAGGCAGAGCGAGAGAGAGAGACUGGAGACGCAAAGAUCCCCCCAAGAUCUCCCAAGCCUACCGUCCCACAGAUUAUUGAACAGAGCCCUAAAAAUCGAAACAGAGGAAACGAACAGCAGUUGAACAUGGACGAAGGAAUUCCUCAUUUGCAAGAGAGACAGUUACUGGAACACAGAGAUUUUAUAGGACUGGACUAUUCCUCUUUGUAUAUGUGUAAACCCAAAAGGAGCAUGAAACGAGACGACACCAAGGAUACCUACAAAUUACCGCACAGAUUAAUAGAAAAGAAAAGAAGAGACCGAAUUAAUGAAUGCAUUGCUCAGCUGAAAGAUUUACUGCCUGAACAUCUGAAAUUGACAACUCUGGGGCAUCUCGAGAAAGCCGUAGUCUUGGAAUUAACUUUGAAACACUUAAAAGCUUUAACCGCCUUAACCGAGCAGCAGCAUCAGAAGAUAAUUGCUUUACAGAAUGGGGAGCGAUCUCUGAAAUCGCCCAUUCAGUCCGACUUGGAUGCGUUCCACUCGGGAUUUCAAACAUGCGCCAAAGAAGUCUUGCAAUACCUCUCCCGGUUUGAGAGCUGGACACCCAGGGAGCCGCGGUGUGUCCAGCUGAUCAACCACUUGCACGCCGUGGCCACCCAGUUCUUGCCCACCCCUCAGCUGUUGACGCAACAGGUCCCUCUGAGCAAAGGCACUGGCGCUCCCUCCGCUGCCGGGUCCGCAGCCGCCCCCUGCCUGGAGCGCGCGGGGCAGAAGCUGGAGCCCCUCGCCCAUUGCGUGCCGGUCAUCCAGCGGACUCAGCCUAGCACCGAGCUCGCCGCCGAGAACGACACGGACACCGACAGCGGCUACGGCGGCGAAGCUGAGGCCCGGCCGGACCGCGAGAAGGGCAAAGGCGCGGGUGCGAGCCGCGUCACCAUCAAGCAGGAGCCUCCCGGGGAGGACUCGCCGGCGCCCAAGAGGAUGAAGCUGGAUUCCCGUGGCGGCGGCGGCGGCCCGGGGGGCGGCGCGGCGGCGGCAGCAGCCGCGCUCCUGGGGCCCGACCCUGCCGCCGCUGCCGCGCUGCUGAGACCCGACGCCGCCCUGCUCAGCUCGCUGGUGGCGUUCGGCGGAGGCGGGGGCGCGCCCUUCCCGCAGCCCGCAGCCGCCGCGGCCCCCUUCUGCCUGCCCUUCUACUUCCUCUCGCCUUCUGCAGCCGCCGCCUACGUGCAGCCCUUCCUGGACAAGAGCGGCCUGGAGAAGUAUCUGUACCCGGCGGCGGCCGCCGCCCCGUUCCCGCUGCUGUACCCUGGCAUCCCCGCCCCGGCCGCGGCCGCCGCCGCCGCCGCUGCUGCCGCCGCCGCCGCCGCCUUCCCCUGCCUGUCCUCGGUGUUGUCGCCCCCUCCGGAGAAGGCGGGAGCCGCGGUCGCGACCCUCCUGCCGCACGAGGUGGCGCCCCCUGGGGCACCGCACCCGCACGGUCGCACCCACCUGCCCUUCGCCGGCCCCCGCGAGCCGGGGAACCCGGAGAGCUCUGCUCAGGAAGAUCCCUCGCAGCCAGGAAAGGAAGCCCCCUGAAUCCUUUCGUCCCAAAGGACGGAGGUUCAAGCGGAGUGAGAAGUAAAACACCCUUAACGUCUUUAAGGGAGGAAGUGUAAUAGAUGCACGACAGACAUAAACAAGAACAAAACAGGUGUUUUGUGUACAUUUGGAGUUCCUUCCUGUUU